AUGCGCGGGCAAGCAUUUAUUGUCUUUAAAGAGAUCCAGUCUGCCACAGCCGCCAUGAGAGCUUUACAAGGGUUUAUGUUCUACUCCAAGCCAAUGCAAAUUGAUUAUGCAAAGGGCAAGUCAGAUGUUAUUGCAAAAAUGGAUGGGACAUGGAAGAAACCUGGAUUGUCGACGGUACAGAGGGGACCAUUAACCGCUACUUCAGCGUCAAUGGCUGCACCCGCAUCGAUGACGAGGAAAGAUGAAGAGAUUAUACAAAGACCUAACGGAGGGCGAGGACAAGAAGAAUCACCAGAACCUGAACAAAUGGAAGAAGACGAAGGGCCAGAACCAACCUUGUCCAAAGACGAACACGAACCAAUUAACAGGAUUCUGUACAUACAAAACCUUCCUUCUGAUGUCACCGAUGAAAUGUUGAGCUGCUUAUUCCAACAAUAUCCUGGGUUUAAAGAAGUGCGUCUUGUACCUGGUAGAACGGAUAUUGCGUUUGUGGAGUAUGAAGCUGGUCAUCAAGCUGCUGUUGCCAAGGAUGUAUUGAAUGGAUUCAAACUUACCGUUGAUAAGGAGAUGAAAGUAACGUUCGCACGAAGGGGUUAA